GUUUUAAAUGUUUGUGUUUUUUAGGAUGCCAAAAAUAUCCUUCAGUGACUAUGAAAAGUUUUUAGAGGACUUGGCGAAAAGCAAAAAGGUUGAAGUGGAAGACAUAAAGAAGAAGAUGGUUGAUUGUGGCACGCCAGGACUGAGUGGACCAUCCGCGGCCGCAAAAGGCUCUCCGUCAGCAGUGGAAAGGCUCACAGAUGUCUCAAAAUAUACAGGAUCGCACAAGCAGAGGUUCGAUGAGGCUGGCAAGGGGAAAGGUAUCUCCGGCCGGAAAGACACGCCGGACAAGUCCGGAUACGUACAGGGCUACCAGAACAGAGAUACUUACAACAAAACACACUAAGUGCAAUGGAGUUUGUUUUCACAAAGUGAAAACAAAGUCCAAGUUCUGUUUUAUACAAACUUUAUUGUAUAAUUUAUUUUGUACAGUUGCAUUUACAUACUUUUCUAUCUCUAUGCACCUAUAUUUGAGUUAAUACCCUUAAUAGAUAUGCUCCAAACUUCUAUGGGCUUCUACAAACAUAGCUUGUGAAUAAUCAAAAUUCUCAUUACUUGCAAUCCAAUGAAGAAUGUUGUUGUUAUAUUAAGAUUUAAAAAAGAUAACUUUCAAUAUUUUUUAUAAGCUAUAAGAAAGAGACAGAUCAAGGCACAAUAUAUUAUACUCGUAUAAGUAGUCUAUUUUUUGGCGAAGGAAUAAUAAUGCAAUUUUAAUGCUGGCCUUUUUAAAAGAAUUAGCUAUGUUAAAAAGAAACACAGUUUUUCAUUAACCAAAACAAUAUUCAAUGUAUUGUCAAUAUUUUUAAUGUUAUAAACCAAAUGUUUAAGAUUGUUAUGUGCAAUGUAAGAAUAAAUCCUUAUAAUUAAAAAUCAUUAUGUUAAUAAUACUACAUCUAGGUACCCUAUACAAUUUAAAUGAAAUUUUUAUCAAAUUCUGUAAGCGGCCAUUUCUUUUACUCUAGUACUGUAUAGGUUGAAUGAAUUAAUAAUUAAGAAAAUCUGAACAAAAUAUAUGUUUUUUUUAUUUGAAGCAAAUAUUAAAAACUGUAAUAACGAUUUGCACACACAGUAUUGCCUGUAACUCAGUUUGCAAUGGUAUUAAUUUUUAUAGCACUGCCUUUUUAACAAAAGGACACAAGUUUAUUGCACUAACCAAAUUAUUUUCUAGCCCUUUGUAAGCUUUUUGUAUUUAGUGAUAAACAUUUAAAGAAUAAAUUAAGAAAAAAAUAAGUAAUAAAUGUAUUGUGAUACAUGAGGGACAUUUAAAAUGUUUAGAUUUUGUAGAAUUAGUUUUCUAUUAAUUCAUUUACUUUUAGUUUAAAAUCAAUAUACCGUUAAUUUCUUAGAAUGAAAUGUUUUAUUGUUGUAAAAUAAAUCACAGAUUCCAAAACAAAACCAAGAUAAGAUUUGAGUUGUACAACACUCAUUAAUGCACUUGAGAUUGCAGUGUCACUUUACUUAAUAUCAUUCCCAUUCAGAAACUGCAAUUAAUGAAUCGUGAAAUGUAAAUUUACUGGUAAUGGAAUAAAUAAAAUAGUUCUUGUGGAACAAAUACAUAUGAUAUCUUCAAUAUUUAUCACAGAAUAAUUGGAAUGGAAUUUUUAUACAACUAUUUAGUAAAAUAAAAUUAACAAUCAAGACAACAUGACACGUACCUAGUCGUGAAUUCUUUUGUGAUUGUUUAAAACAACCAAAUAAUUUAUAAUUUGGAGCAAAAUUUGACUAUUCCGUGUAUUGGAGAUAUGCAGUGGCAAAAGCAGAAGAACACAGGGGUGGAUCCAGAAACAAUUGUUGCCUAUUUCUAUUUGUUGCCUAAGUGCGUUGCAGACAGCAUAGCGCAAUUUCCAGUUUAUCCAUUGUCUUCCACAUGUAAAAAUUUGCAAUACGCCAUAUGUAUUAUGUCUGCAGAGCUCACAAAUGGUUUUUCAUUUGAAGCACAUUGUUGGAACAGGUUUUGUUGUCUUCUAAAGAAGUCACAUGUCCACCUCCUCCUCAUUGUAGGGACAGAAGGGUAGUGAAUAGGGAGUUGUUUACAUAAUUAUAUAUGACACAAAAUAGAGAUUUUGAAUUAAACCUGUCUAGAAAUACAAACUUUGCCACUUGGGUAAAACUGAAGCCAUUACUGCAAGCAAUACAACUCUUAAACUCCAUUGUUUACAAAACUGUAAAACGUUACAAAAGUAGAAACAAAUACAAAGCAAUAAAAGAAAGCAAUUUUUGUGCUAUAUUUCUGAAAGUAAUAAACCCAUCGCAGUAGUGUUCUUACGAAUUUUGCUGACAUAUUUACUAAAAAAGGGUAACUCUGGAAUAUUCAUAACAUUGUAAACCUGAGAAACCAAUUUUCAGAUUAUUGUCGCAGGAAAAAAACAUAUGAAUGAAAUUAAUACCUAGAAAUUUAACUUUUUUUUCUCAGAUAGUUAUGAUAAGGCUAAACAAAUUCUUUUUAAUGCAUAUCACGAGUCAAUCUCAGAGGCUGAGAAACAUGCAAAAUGGGGUUCACCUGUGAAGUUAGCAAAAGUAUUCUCUCAAUACCAUUUUUGUAAUGAUUUAAUUAGCUAUAGCAACAAAUGUAAACUUUCAAUUUCCAAAUCUUAAUGCAUUAAAAUUUAAAAUCCAACGCAUAUACUGUUAUUUUAUCAGGAGUAUAUUACAAAAAUAAUUAUUUUGGUUAGGAAAUAAUUUCUUAAGGAAAUUAUGUUUGUUUAUAUAUGAAUUGCUAAUUGUAUAACUAAUUAUACUUUGUGCUGUUCUUAUAAAUGUUCUGUGACAAAUCAUUGUGAAAUAUAUAUUUCUACGUUUUGUUUAUAAAUUAUACUGGCCAUUUUAGUAA